UUGCUGCCCAUUGGAGGCUUGAAGCCACCGUAAGUAUAGAAGUCGCCAUGUUGUUUCACCCAAAACAAAUAAGCCUAACAACUAAAAUGAGUUAGAUGCGGUCUUGUGCUGCUAUUAAUUGUACAAAUCGUGAUACUCGUGAAAAUCGUGAGAAGGGACUUACAUUUCACAGAUUUCCACACUGCAUUGUUCAACUUCUAAAGCAAUGGGUAGUAAAUAUGCGGAGAGACAGGUGGAUUCCUGCAGCCAGAUCGCAACUCCGUUCAAGUCAUUUCACCGAGGAGAACUUGGACAGGACCGGUCAGACUGUUAGAUUACGACAAAAUGCAGUUCCAACAAUAUUUGACUUUCCUGAUCAUCUUCUAAAGGCAGGUCUGGUGCAACAAAGAAAUAAAAAAAGCGGAACAGGAGGAGCGAUCAGGAUGUUCUCCUUUUGGAACCUGCUUCCAGUCCAGUCCAGCAAGAACAGCUUCAGUCUUUGCUGCUCUAGUUUGAUCUUAGUGUGCUUUUCAGGCCCAUCUAUAAAUAUAGUUCUUUUUGCAAUGGGAUCAAUAUGGAUCAAAAUUGAGGGCUAGCAAACAUCUACUGCACCUUUCUAAACAACGCCUUUAAUAGUAACAACUUUCUGUCAUGUCCCAUGUUAACACACAUGAACAAGUAGUGCGCUGCGUGUGGACUGACCUUUCAUCAGAUGUCACACUAUGUGAAAGCAAACCAUGCACUUUUUUUCCCAGACACAUUGACCCGGUACACAUCAACUAUCCUUGAACUUGCGUAAACUUCAACUCGGGCCUGUGGGGUCUCAUGUGGUUUUAUGCUAAACUGCAUUUUGAGUGCAACAACUGAGUGUUUGUAGUGUGUGAUGCACCUCGAAGGCACUUCCUCGCGACGCUGCCUUAUGUUGUUCCAAGCUUCCAUUCCCCCAAGCUCUCUGCAUUUGUGUUUUAUCUCUGUGACUCAGCACAUGUGGGGGUGUAAGUACUACAAGAAGCAGCUCAGGCGUCAGUUUGACUACUUGAAAAAUGAGAAAAACAUCAUUUAGCGUGCCUUACUGAUUAAUGGAUGAUGAGCAGAUGCAAAGUCAGCCUUCUUCCGCUAAACUACUUCUUUUUUUUUUAAAGAAACAAUUAUUCAUCUGUGGACAACAUUGAUAGAUUUUACCCCCAAGAAAUAAGCGAACUGUUUUUUUUUUUAGAUGAUUUCGUAGAUGGACUCACAUUAAAACAGUUUAAAACCUAUUCAUCAGAAUCAGCUUUAUUGGCCAUGUGUGUUACCACACUAGGACAUCACUCUCUGUUACAAGGCACAACAAUAGCAAAUAAAUUCACAUAUAAUCCAUAACUGUGCAUCGUCCACACAACUAAAGAGACGGAUAACUGGUUAAGUUUAAAAAUAUUAGAGUGACAAUAAACUGCUUUCAACAACACCACUGUAUGGCUUAUAUAUACAGUAGUACACUUCAAAAGUUAGGAUGGGUCAAAGAAUGUCACUUACAGAGCAGACAGAAGAUGAUGCUGUUCUCGCCUCAAUUUCAAGCACAUGAACUGUGUGCCUGGCAUUGUUGCCAACUCCUAAAUGCUGUAGUGAAAAAGCAUCGUAGGAGAGACAAAAAAAGUGAGUAAAAACACCUUAAUUACAUUUAGAACUACAAAUAAACUUAAUUAUUGGUUUGUUAAUUACACUUGGCCAUCACUCUCAAAGUCUAGACAGUGUAAUAAUGACUUCUGGACUCACCUCCAGCCUUUAUCUUGCAGUUAGGACUACUUGUUUAUUUAUCACUCAACGUUCUGACACACUGACAGGUAAGCGAGUGAGUCCCAAUGAGGCUUGAGGUAGUCAUUUCAUGAAGAUAAACAAGCUUUUGUGUUUGAACUGCUCUGUAAAACAGGGCGAGAUCCACCCGGACGGCUUGGCGCCUUGCGCAUGCGUGAUUGAUGGAGGCCCAGGAGCUGAUUGUGCACUGACCGCUUGUGACUGCUUUGGGGCGGGGUGGUCCUCCAGGCACCACCUGCUGCUGCUCACUGGGAACAAAAACUGCAGAACAAAAAAGAUUUUGCUAACUAGCUCGUUAGCUGCGUGUGAGCCAUGGCGGAGGCGGAGGAGCUGCGGCCUGUCCCCCGGGAGAGAGCCAUCCUGGAGAGCUUCUUCACACAGCUGGGCAUGUUCUCCUUCGACAGGGCUAAGGACUACGUGGAGAAAGAGAAGGACAUCAGCAAGAGCUCCGGCACCAUCUGGGCCGCGGUGCUAGCCGCGUUGGCUCACCUGGUGGCGGCGGAGAGGGCCUACCACAACAUGACGUUUCUGGGACAGAAAAUGGGUGGUCAGUCUUUCUUCAGCCGCAAGGACUCCAUCCGCAGCAUGUACACGUCUCUGUACAACGAGCUGAGGAAGGUGGUGACAUCAGGACGCCACAGCCAGCAAGGCUCCGCCUCUUACCUGGAGGAGCUGCUGUCUCACCUGUCGGAGCAGCUGUGCUAUUUCACGCAGGCCCGCGUGGAGAUGGCAGACCUGUACGAGAAGAUGCACGUGUUGGCCGGCCAGAAGAACGUCAACUGUGAGGAGCUGGUGACCGCGCUGGAGGGCGUCCUGCACAAGUACAGCUCCAAGUUCCACCAUCCCAUCCUGGGCCGAGUGGAAGAGAGCUUCCAGACGGAGGUGGACGUGGUGACCCAGUUACUGCGUUGCCAGGCCCAAGUGUCUGAGUGGCAUUUCCUGCCCGCCUUGCUCAACCUGCACAGCGCCACCACCAAACUGGGGGCCUGGGGUCAGCUGUUCCAGCGCCAGAAGGAUACUCGCAAGCAUCUGUUUGGAGGUCAAUCCCAAAAGGCCGUGCAGCCCCCGCAGCUCUACGCGUGGCUGCAGCGCUUCCAGGUGGCGCUGCUCGCCAAGUUCAGCUUCUACUUCCACGAAGCGCUGAGUCGGCAGACGCCGCCCGCCGACUUGCGCGCCCUGACUGCCCGAACCGUGCCCGACUACCACGGUAAGAUUUGCUCCUUUGUGCGCAAACACGAUGCCAGCAACAUGUCUCUGGUGUUCGACAACCGCGGCUCCGUGAGCUUCCAGGGUCACGGCUACCACCACCCGCACUCAUACCGAGAGGCGCCCAAGGGCGUCGAGCAGUUCCCCGCCGUCGUUUCGCUUCCAUCAGGUGAGCGGCCGCUAACGCACUGGCCUAACGUUAUCAUGAUGAUGGGGGACCGUGCAGCCGAGCUCAACACUUUGGACAAAGUGGUCCACUUCUAUGAUGACAAGGUCCAAAGUACGUACUACCUGACCCGGCCCGAGCCGCAUUUCACCCUGGUGGUCAUCUUUGACGGUAAGAAGUCCGAGAAAGACCUGCACAUUGCCGCCUUCCUGCAGGAGAUCUCUGCCUCGCUGAGGAACUCCAAACCCUUCAGCACCCUCAAGCCGGGCUCAAAGGGCUGAGCGGACCCCAAAGAAAAGACCCGUUGGUUUUUCUAGUUUUGGUACUCCUGGUGAAAUCCCUACAGAAAUGUUCCCAAUCCAAAGUCAAAACCAAAUUGUUUUACUUCUCCUACAAAGGCUUUUAAUUGCUUCUAAAUUUUAACAAAUCCAUCUGUUUUAGUUUACUUUUAAUCAUGUAUAUGUUCACAGUGGUUCCUUCAAUAAAAAUUAAAUCUUCACGUACGAAAAAAGAAAGAUGCUGUUGCAUGGUUUGUUCACCAGGCGGCGCCGGUGAGCGCUAAUUUAAAGGAAAAUAGAACUUUUUAGAAAAUGUUGCUCAUAAUCACAAUCUUUAUGUGAGACAUGAACAUGCGUCUUUCUCUUUUCUGUGUGUUCUAAAGAUAUAAAAACAGGUAAAAAGGGGCAGCUAAGAAUGCACGUAAUGGGAUGCACCUAUUCCGCUGAAGCAUGGAAUUCUAUCUGAGGAUAUGGGAGUCUAAAUAAUCAAACCAAAGACUAUAAACCAGUGAGAUUUAUUCCUGACAAAAAGUUUCUAGUACAGACGUCCGGGCCUAUAACAGUCCCUGUAUGCCUACAAGUAAGCGGGUCUUACUACAGCGCAGCUGGAAUAAGGCACCCUUUCUUUCCCUGCCCGGCAAUUUUAUACAUUUUGAGAUUGUGUAGUAUGCAGGAGGUCUGGCGAUCGUGGACCAAUCAGCUCGUGCAGGGGGUUGGCGAUGAGAUCUUUUGAAGUCCACCAGAUGCUCGAUAAAGCUUGUCCAUUGGAGUGAAACUGUCAUUUGUGUGCACUCAGCCGGUGGGGGUUUUGCCUGGGACAUCCUGUUAUCAACGUUGUCCUUCCUCUGAACCCUGUAGGCUCACAAGACCAACACAGCAAAUAACAUAUAACCGUUGACCUAGCACGUCUGCUCUGGCCAAAGGUUAAACCCAAGUAAGGAUGUGUGUGCGUGAAUAUCUUAAGUAUGAUGCCCAAGCAACUACUAAGUAAUGUGAAUAUAAACUAUAAUGCAUAGCAAGGCAAAUCAACAAAGUAAUAUAGAUAUACGUUAAUUAUGAUGCAUAAUAAUAUAAGUCAACUAAAUAAUGUAAAUAUAUGUGAAUUAGGCAUAAUGAAAAUAAUCUACUUCUUCAUUCCCCCUCUUGGCCUCGAAAGAGGCCACAACAACAUACGGUAAGCAAAGUAGCAAACACAGCAAUUGAAGAAAGAAGAGAUGAGGUUUUUGUACUGCCCAAAAUAAGCCAUCCACAUGUCCCAAACGAAGUAUUCACACCCGAAUGAUCUUUCAUCUUACGGUUUAAGGUGCGCAGGCCAUCUACUAGUACUUGGGUAAGUUUACCAUCAGCAGCCAAAGCAAUGUGAUUCUGGAAGGUCAUCAGCGAGGUCACUGUCAGCUGUUCAUGGACUGCCUGAAACCCGGCCUGUGUAACGCUGAAUGUUGUAAUGAAUAUAAUUAAUGCGGUAAACAUUUUGGUUAACAGUUAUCCACGAAAGAAUAGACUCAAAUCCAGCAUCCACAUGGUUAACGAGUUUGUAUUCAUCCGGGACACCCUGAGGAACCCCGAAGGCGUCAACGUAAGUGGGAUCAGUCCGCUGAGCCAAAUGGUGGGAGGUGUCACGACGUCUUCGAGUGUGUGUUGGUGGCAGGAGGGCCACUGAGUCGACCGCAUCCAUCUAAUGAUCUAUAGAAGCCGGAAUCACACUUACCGGUAGAAUGAGAGAAACCAAUGCAUACAAACAGGUCAUGCUUUUAGCAGGAAGGCGAUCGAAGAGUACUGUUCCUCCGCACCACCACCACACAUCGGCUCGAGAGACGGGAGAAAAGGUUGAAGACACCUGAUGGCCCGAAACACAAAGAGUCAUUCACCCAUCCUAGCAAAUGUUUUUUCCCCGUAGAGCUGUUAACACAAGUGAAAUUAUCUGCUGAAACGGUUGUCAAAUAUAGGCUUUACCGUUGUCGGUGGGACCACAGGAUAUACUUCGUCCCAUGCACGGCACUUAAAUUGUUUAAUAUAGGUAGAAUUCAUAACAGACCUAAAGCAGGAAUCAUCUAAUACUGCGGGAAUAACUUUUAACUAGGCCCUGGGACCCAUACACACCACGCAAUCAGAAGAAGUUUUAUUGGUCGCCUGCUCAACCAUGAGAAGCCAAUUGUUGGUAUGACCUGUAACUCCAGGGGUGUGACAGUGUGUGGAACAAGAGCAGUAAUAACAUAAGGAACCAGCAGGAGGCAGAAAAGAGAACUUGCAGCAACUAUACAAACAGCUAUCAAAUAUGUUCCAUUCCAUUUUCCUCCGCUUACCCGGGUCCGGGUCGCGGGGGCAGCAAUCUCAGUAGGGAAGCCCAGACUUCCCGGUCCCUGACCACCUCCUCCAGCUCCACUGUGAGGACACCAAGGCGUUCCCAGGCCAGCUGUGAGACAUAAUCCCUCCUAGGUCUUCCCCGGGGCCUUCUCCCGGCUGGGCAUGCCCGAAACACCUCACCAGGGAGGCGUCCGGGAGGCAUCCGGACUAGAUGCCCGAGCCACCUCAGCUGGCUCCUCUCGAUGUGAAGGAGCAGCGGCUCUACUCUGAGCUCCUCCCGGAUAACCGAGCUCCUCACCCUGUCUCUUAGGGUGAGUCCCGCCACCCUACGAAGAAUACUCAUUUCAGCCGCUUGUAUCCGCGAUCUCGUUCUUUCGGUCAUGACCCAAAGCUCAUGACCAUAGAUGAGGGUGGGAACAUAGAUUGAACGGUAAAUUGAGAGCUUUGCCUUCCAGCUCAGCUCUCUCUUCACCACGACGGUCCGGUACAGCGACCGCAUUACUGCAGACGCUGUGCCGAUCCGCCUAUCGACCUCACACUCCUACCUUCCCUCACUCGUGAACAAGACCCCGAGAUACUUGAACUCCUCCACCUGGGGCAGGACCUCAUUCCCAACCCAGAGGGAGCAAUCCACCCUUUUCCGACUGAGAACCAUGGCCUCGGAUUUGGAGGUGCUGAGUCUCAUCCCAGAAGCUUCACACUCAGAUGCAAACCGUCCCAGUAAACGCUGCAGGUCACAGCCCAAUGAGGCCAUCAGGACCACAUCGUCUGCAAAUAGCAGAGAUGAGAUCCUAGUGCCCCCGAACUGGACUCCCUUGACACCUGUGCCUAGAAAUUCUGUCCCUGAAAAUUAUAAACAGAAUCGGUGACAAAGGGCAGCCUUGGCGGAGCCAUCAAAUAUGUAUUAUACUAAAUUAAUUAACUCUCCACCCCUCUUGGACUGGGAAACACCCAUUCCACCUAGGCUCUGACCACUUCCUGGAGAACCUCUUCAGGAAGACCUUGUCAGCGACCAAAAGUGAGGGAGGAGUCGCAGAGGGAGGCACAGCUGAGUCACGAACCUGUUGAGAAACAGACACAGCAAGGGCAUGCAACUGCUUCCAAUAGGAUUUUAAACUUCCAGGGAAAUUUCCGCACCUGGCCACAGGGCGGUAGCCAAAUUACUUGGAAUGGGCUUAAAAGAGGAACAAAAGUUACAAUGAUUCUAAAUAAGGUCUUUCAUAUUAGAAUGCCACCAGUUGUUUAGAUUCGACAGCAUUACCAGAGGACCCACAUAUGCCAAUCCGUGAGCCUCGGAAAGAGCCUGAGUAAACAACUGACCCAUAAGAAGAGCAGGACACCCAUUGGGGCCCACCCACACCCCGUCGGAUGUGAGAUAGGCACCCUUGGACCGCCAAAAACUUACCUCUUCCGGAGAAGCAGAACGAUGGUGGGACGCAAUAACGUCCAAAGACAAUGGGUUAUCCAGCUGGUGAUCAGGCAGCUGAGAACAAGUUAUCAUCAAAUCGGAGGGGCGGUACCCAGCCCCCUGCCUUUUGCAGCCUGGUCUGCUGCGUCAUUGCCCCUAGCUUAAAGGGUGUUAGCCUAGCUAUGUCCUGCAGUUUACACAAUAACCAAUGAAGCAGGUAGAUGAAUACUUUUAGCUAAACAUUCAAUCAAAGGCCUGUGGGCUAUUGGGGUACCUUUAGCUGUCACGAAACCCGUCCGCUGCCACACAGGCAGGUUGAGGACAGCGGCGCCCACAGCAUAGGCAGAGUCACAGUAAAUAGUCUUGUCUUGUCAAGCUCCAGCCUCCAAGGCCAAGCAUAAAGCCAGCACUUCCGCCCCCUGGGCCAAAGGGUCAGUCAUGUAAACGUCAGAAGUCACCAGCAGAAAAGUGGCAGAAGAUGAGUCAUGUCGGACAACAGCGGCAGCUGCACACAGGUUCCCAUCUGAGUGUCUGAAGCAGCAGCCGUCUGAAAAAGAACUUAUUGACAAAUGUGAGCUCUGAGUGGUGCGGUGUAUUCAACGAAGCAGGGAAUGUAAUUCUUGCCGCAGAGACCUAAGAAAGAAAAGCAUUUAUUUUACCGUAUUUGGUUUGGGAUUAUGUAAAAUGGAGGAGUGAUGGGCUGCAGACAUGGCUGAGCCCUGGGCAGACCAUGCACGUCCAAGAAAAAUGACCGCCUUUCUACAGCAUUGCAGCUUCUGUUUGGAAACCUUGAAAUCACACCGAAAAAGCUUCACCACACUGUGAACCACUUAUAGAGGGGAGACAAUGAGGUCAACACUCUGUGUGGGUCCGGGACUGGAAGUACUAGAAUCACUGUGAUAUCAUAAUGACUCUCAAAUCAUGUGCCAUACGGUUACUCUUACCGUCUGCUUUUUCACCGGUCUCUAAAGGUGUGGACCAUGGGGAACUGGACACUUCCAGCACCCCCGCAUCCCACAGCCCACACAUCGUGCUCUCCAUGCCCUCAUCAGCUUCAGCCGGCCAACGUUACUGCUGUCUGCAAACAACUUGUUCAUCAGAAAUAGUUAGUUCAAUAUCAGCAUAUUUUGAGCAAUACCCUACAUCAAAAGGACCGGUGGACCACAUCCCCUCCGGGAUUGAGGCCAGCAUGUCCUGGCGAAGUUAAUUGUCUGUGAGGUCCCUCCCAGGCUCCCGAGAGAGUACCUGAUGUCGUAGAACAGCCGAGUCAGUCAUCCUCCCCUUACAAUUCUAUACCCUUUAGAUGAUGGUGAAUAUUGAACCUGAGACGCCUCGGAGGGCUGCCAAUCAGUGAGAGCGCUCAGGUGUUUGCACCUAAAAAUGGUGUUAUUUUAUCGGCAUACAUUUGAUCAUGGUAACGAUCAUAAAAUAGAAUGCAAUGUAGCGGGUCGAUGGGUUGCAUAUAAGUAGCACAAGAGCAGAUCCAAGGUUUCCACACGUUGAACAUAGUAAAUACACCUUUAUUUGACACAGGUGUUUCAGGGUCAAGCUCCGCCCAAUAAAUGUCCACUGUCUGUGCUGUUGGAAGUGCUUUCAUCAGCCACUGUCCCCCUCUUGUGCUGUCAUUGCAGUCCAGGUAUGUGCCAUCAGGAAAUAGAAUGGACAGUCUUUUGUUCCCGCCAUAUCAGUGUCCAGUGGUCUGCUGUUAAACAGUUGUGAUUUGUGAAUGUUUGUUUUCAGGGUGGAAUAAGUUGCCCCAAUGUCCACCAAGCCUCGAAUCUUUCGGCCAUUAACAAUCCAUUGAAGCAUUGGUUCUGCCAAGUCCAUGCUUCCAAGGCCCCCCAGGCGUCCCUAUGCCUGCCAGUAGGGGUCGUCUCCAGCUGGGGGCAUCUGUGUAGUACUGUCCCCCUUGAGUGUGAUGAUCAGCCUGCCAUCUGCCUGGCGUCCAGGGAUAUGCUCUCCCACGCCUUCUGGUGGCCGCUUGGAAACCGCCUCUGCCUUGUGGUGGUCCUGCCUGUGGGGGAGGUAGGACACCCUGCUGGUGUCGCUGAGCUUGGGGUUCAGUGGACAGUUCCUGGCCCAAUGAUCAAAAGAGCCACACAGGAAACAGGCCCCACUAGGAUGCUAUCUUGCUUGUGUGUAUGCACCGCUUCAAUGACCCCUGCUGCCACCAUCAGCCACCCCUGGCCCUGCCACAUGACAUUUAAUGCCUUAGUUUUUUGUUUUUUUGUUUUCCGUUUAUCUUAUCUUCUAGCUUCAGCCAAUUGUAAUUUUAACAACUGUGUCUCCAUUUCUGCCAAUUUUGUUUUAUCCUCUGCCUAUGUGUUUUUAUAAUUUGUCAAAUGAUGGGCGAGAUGCUGACAAAAACGGCGUUCAGACGACACCAAAUUGUCGGGAUCCCCCUGUAAUUUAAUUUUCAGCAAAGCCGGCAUCCCGUUCAGAAUGGCGGUUCUGAACAAAGUAUCUGUCAGUGCCUUCAGUUGCCGCGGACCAUUUCUGUAAACAUUACAUAAUACACCAACAUUGUAAUACACCUGUCAUCCCAUGACAGGGAAGUCGGUACGGUACCCUUGAGAUAAGAAAUUCCUGAAAUAUUCCUAAAAUAGUAAAUAACUGAGUCACAUACACCAAAAGGGCGCUGCAACCCCACCGUGUCCAAUCCUGCUGCACUAAUCAAAGCUGCAAGCUGUGAAGGUGUACAAGAUAAAGUUAAUAAUUGUUUUACAUCACCCCAAGCCAAAUGUGUGCCUGCUGUCAUUCUGAGUAAACCAUCAAUCCAAUUAUUACAACCCCUGGCAAAAAUGAUGGAAUCACCAGUCUCGGAGGAUGUUCAUUCAG